AGUAUCCUGGAACCGGUGUUCAUACGGCGUCUCACCAUAGACGGCCUCCGGCAUCGAGACUAUGGCACACGUGGGAAGCGGCGCGGCGGCGUGGUGUGCACAGACGUGGCCGGAGAACCCCGCAGGUGCUUCUACGAGGAACUCGUGGAGAUGCGCCGGCCUGAAGACAUCAGCGACCUGUUGUCCGCCAAACGUGAUCGCCAACCGCUGGAGUCACACGAUGUGGGCAAGCGGCGGCGCACGCUGGAGUGCUACAUCGGCGGCAGGAUGGGCGGCUGCGACUACCAGGAUAUCAAGCAGGCCCAGGGCGAGGACCAGCACCUCAACAGCAUCGACUCGCCCGGGAAGAGGGACCUCGACUGAACCACCGGACCGGCCCCUCGACCACUCUCCGUUUCCCCACCCCAUUUAUUGCUUCCGCGCUUCAAAGGCACCGUGUGAAACUUGUCAACGACUUUCAUUCGUGGCCGUUGGACAGUACUCAGUCUCAAGGGAGAAGGCACGCUGUUUUGGACAGUCGCGUGGAACGAAGAAUGCCGUCACAGCGCUGCGCCGGCUGCGUCUGCUGUGCGGGUCAGAGCUCGGUAGGGAUGCUGUGCAGGCUGCCUAG